GUGAGACAAAACCUAAACAGCGAAAUGGCCGCCUCCGCUGCUCGUCCUCUCGUCACUGUCCAAGCCCUAGACAGUGACAUGACCACCGAUCACUCCUCAACCGUCGUCUUACCCGCCGUCAUGACAGCCCCAGUCCGUCCCGACAUGGUCAACUUCGUCCACGCCCAAACCUCCAACAACAGCCGCCAGCCCUACGCCGUCUCCACAAAAGCCGGUCACCAGACCUCCGCCGAGUCGUGGGGAACGGGACGCGCCGUCUCUCGUAUCCCCCGUGUCCCCGGAGGUGGAACUCACCGUGCGGGACAAGCAGCCUUUGGUAACAUGUGUCGUGGCGGAACCAUGGCCUUUCCGAACAAAGUUUAUCGGAUUUGGCACAGACGUGUUAACGUCAACAUGAAGAGGCACGCGAUCGUGUCGGCUAUUGCCGCGACAGCUGUUCCCGCUCUUGUGAUGGGACGUGGACAUAAGAUUGAGAAUGUUCCGGAAAUGCCACUCGUGGUGAGUGACUCUGUUGAAGCCGUGGAGAAGACGUCAGAUGCUAUUAGGGUUUUGAAACAGGUUGGUGCUUAUGAUGACGCUGAGAAGGCGAAGGAGAGUAUUGGGAUUAGGUCUGGUGUGGGGAAAAUGAGGAAUCGUCGUUACGUUUGUAGGAAAGGUCCUCUUGUGGUUUACGGUACUGAAGGGUCCAAGAUUGUGAAGGCGUUUAGGAACCUUCCUGGUGUUGAGCUUUGUCAUGUGGAGAGGCUUAACUUGUUGAAGCUUGCACCUGGUGGUCACGUUGGGAGGUUUGUGAUUUGGACCAAGAGUGCUUUUGAGAAGCUUGAGGGUAUUUAUGGAUCUUUUGAGAAGGCGUCGGAGAAGAAGAAAGGGUAUGUGUUGCCUAGGGCGAAGAUGGUGAAUGCUGAUUUGGCGAGGAUUAUUAAUUCGGAUGAGGUGCAGAGUGUGGUGAAGCCGAUUAAGAAGGAUGUGAAGAGGGCCGUGAUGAAGAAGAAUCCUUUGAAGAAUUUGAAUGUGAUGUUGAAGUUGAAUCCGUUUGCUAAGACUGCCAAGAGGAUGUCUUUGUUGGCUGAGGCGCAGAGGGUUGUGGCUAAGAAGGAGAAGCUUACCAAGAAGAGGAAGAUUGUCACCAAGGAGGAGGCAUUGGCAAUCAAAGCAGCAGGGAAGUCGUGGUACCAGACUAUGAUCUCCGACAGUGACUACACCGAGUUUGACAACUUCACAAAAUGGCUCGGUGCUAGCCAGUGA